GGGGAAAUGCGGGGGGAGCUGCGAGUGGCGGGGAUGGAGGUGAGGAGGAGCAGCAGGAGGACAGCUGGGACGCCAUGUUCGAUGACAGCGGAGAGUGCCUGGAUGGGCAACUGAUGCAGGAGAAAUGACCUGGCUAUAAAUGAUAGCUCAACGAAGUGGCUUAUCGUGUUGAAAUAUAUUGCAGCCAAUAAAUGUGGAGGGAAAAACUGGAGGACCCGGAGACAAAUGGAUGCGACCAUGGGGAGAGAGACACACAAACUCCAAAUAUACAGGGGUCAGCAUCGAACCCACGACCUCCUGUAUACCAGGCGAGCUCGCAGGCAACCUGAAGCCGGAGACGGUGACGACGCUUCAGGAGCCGCAGUUCGACUACUAUGGCUACCGGCCAGCAGAGCCCGGCUGGGAUGAUGGCGACUUUGGCCACGUCCUGGAGAUCUACGGCUUCCCAAGUGGCUUCCGCACCGAGGACCUCAUCUCGGCGUUUUCCGCCUUCCAGUCGAGGGGCUUCGACGUGAAGUGGGUGGACGACGAGCACGCGCUCGGCCUGUUCAACAGUCCCAUCGCCGCUCAAGACGCGCUGGCGAUGAAGCACGCGCUGGUGAGGACGCGCCCUCUCUGCCGGGCGAGCAGCCCGACGCGCGACAAGGCCCGCCGCAACCCUGAGUUCCUGCAGCCUGUGAGGCCGCGGCCCCAGACGAGCGCGGUGCUGGCACGCCGCCUCGUGGCCGGAGCGCUGGGCGUGCGGAGCGGCGCCUCCCCCGAGCAGCGCUCCGCUGAGCGCCGCAAACUCCAGGAAGCCAAAGAUAAGAAAAAGCUGGUUGCCAAGCAAAGAGAAGACAUCUGGGAAGGAAGUGUCUGAAAUAGCCCUGCAGAAUAUUUCUUUUUUAUAUUUAAUUUAAGAGAUUGUGUUUGGUACGGGGCUUAGAGAGCCUGUUUGUUAGGAGGUUUAGAGAAACUUUUUUAGCUCAAGGUUUAGAGAGACCGUGUUUCGUAUGUGGUUUAUGAGACUGUGUUUAGUAUGGGGUUUAGACUUGAGUAUGGCAUUUAUAGAGACUGUUUAGUAUGGGGUUUAGAGAGACUAUGUUAACGAUGGUUGAGGUUUAGAGAAAAUUUUGUUCAGGGUUUAGAGGCUGUUUAGUAGUUAUGUGCAUAUAUGAAGCUACCAUCAUCCAUUGCAAUUAGAACUGUGCCUGUUUAAAAAAAAGUUACUUUCAUGGAUUAGCAGUAGUACAUUAGAAACUCAUUCUUUUUGGGGUGAGAAAUCAGUUCCCCUUUUAAUUGGCGCGUACCUCUUAACACAUGGAUGCAGACAUCUCGCGCAUGCCAAUGUGGCCGUGUGUUUUCACUGUCGCGGUACCGAGUGGUGGCGCAAUGGGGGGUUGUUAUCCACUGCUGGACGAAGGCCACCCCUGGACCGGCGGGCGCCAACUCAGUCUCACGAUAAACCAUCGUCACGCAAACUCCGGUCAACCUCGCAGCAGCAGGAGAGCGUCUUUUGGCGAGCCCAUCGAACAAAGACGGUUACUGCAUCGCGCACGUUUUUGGAUGCAUUUCUGCUGCCGUCUGGAAUGCCCCUCCUGCUGCUAUUAGGAAGCCACUGGAGCAAUGCACUUUUAAAUCUAGAUUGAAAACGAAUUUCUUUAAAAUACAUUUUUGUGUUUAGUUUGUCCUUCCCCCGCACGUCCGAUUAUCGCGGUUGGCUACGUAUGGUGCGAAAAAAGUUCAACAUACAGUACAUACAAGCACCCAUAUACAAGCAUCACUCCAACGUGGACAAUGAAGCAGGGAGUGGAACAAAAAGAGGACAAUUAUACAAAGCGGCGUGGAGAGGUGCAUGCUGAGAAUUGCACUUUGAGACAGCAAAAUGAAAUUAGAAACAAAGGUGGCAUCAUCACUGUAAACGAAGUCUGUGGGUGUUGUAGCAGCACACAUCACUGCUAGAGCGGAAGACAGCUGAUGGACUCGAUCAGUGUCAGGGUUGGCAGCUAAAGGAGCGAUCGCGCCCCAAGAGGGCGUCUGCCGUGGAGAUGGAGCAACGAGAUGAGCUCGGUUGCCGUAAUGGGAUUGUAACAUCGCAGUCUUGGGGUUGGUGACAUCAUGAAGCCUUCAUCCAGCAGUUAAUAAAUGGUGGCUGAUGAUUGAGGCAAUAUUUAAACAAUAAUCUCCACAACCAUUUGAAUGUGGAUAUUGUAAAACUCGUGAAAUGUAAUAUUUAAAAACCCUUAGUUGCACCUAUGUGACUGGUUUAUGAGUCGUCAUUCCGUUUCGUAUAUGGAGUGUUUGUGUGUAUCAGCAUUGCGGCUGCCAAGAUGCAGAUUCUCGGUGUCAAAGCCAGGGCCGAGCACAGCGCGAGGAAUUCGUACAGCUCUGCCGCCGUGACGACGACGCGCGUCCACACUCGCAGACGAUCCCCGCGUUCGCCCUGGGAUCACCCCGUUAGGAGGCGUCCAUAAAUGACGUCACGCACCUCGGGGGGGGGGUCAGACAUUUGUGACGAUGGGGGGGAGGGUUGAGAAAUGUGACGUCACAUCAAAAUGCGCAACUUUAAAUAAAUAUAGACAACACGUUCUACUUAAUAUACUUUUUAUAAAUGUUUUCUCCAACAUCAGUGCAGCGCCACAUUAAAAACGCACUACAAUGACAAUCGUUUAAAGCGAUUUGAAGCAUGUUUUUUGGGGGGGGGCAGCUUUGUGACG